AUGGAUGAUGAGUUAAACGUUACUCACAUAACUCUUAGCGGGUAUGUGGAAGUUAACAAAUACAGAUAUUUAUAUUUUUUGAUUAUGUUCACAGUCUAUAUCCUAAUAAUCUGCUGUAAUUCUACUAUUGUGUACCUCAUCGUGAUUCACAAAAACCUCCAUGAGCCUAUGUAUGUUUUCAUUGCAGCCUUGCUAUUGAACUGUGUCUUUUACAGCACUACUAUUUACCCAAAGCUUCUGAUUGAUUUUGUGGCUGAAAAACAGAUCAUAUCAUAUUCAGCCUGCAUCUUCCAAUAUUUAAUAUAUUAUUCUAUAGGCACUUCUGAAUUCCUAUUGUUGGCAGCCAUGGCCUAUGACAGGUAUGUGUCUAUAUGUAAACCUCUGCAAUAUCCGACUAUCAUGAGAAAAGCCACUGUGAGUAUUUGCCUGAUUUUGUCUUGGCUUGUACCUGCUUGCCAUAUGGCGGUUCCUGCAAUAGUGAGUGCUGAAGCUAAACUGUGUAACUUUACUCUAAAAGGAAUAUAUUGCAACAAUGCAAUCUACGGACUUCAGUGUGUAAAAUCAAGAUUCAUCACUAUAUAUGGUGUGGUUGCUUUAGUAGAUCUGGUAAUACUCCCUACGCUCUUCAUAAUUUUUACUUACACAAGGAUACUCAUCAUAUCCUAUCGGAGCAGCAGAGAGGUCCGGAAAAAAGCUGCAGAGACCUGUUUACCUCACCUGCUGGUUUUAAUCAGUAUAUUCUGUUUGUGUGCAUAUGAUGUCACUAUAGCUCGAGUGGAUUUCAACUUUCCAAAGAUUGUGAGCUUUAUAAUGACACUGCAAAUAAUUCUGUAUCAUCCUCUCUUUAAUCCAAUCAUAUACGGGCUCAAAAUGAAAGAAAUUUCCAAACACCUCAAGAGGUUGUUCUGUCCAGCCAAAAUGAUCUGA